AUGGCCGCCGUUACAGCAACUCUCGUGGGCCUUGCGCCAGGCUUGGACGUAGCCAAGGCCCCGGAACCCGUUUCCAGUUCAAAACCCGAUAAGAUUAACAGCAUCAAUGAUUUCAUACUUCACCAGGCACAAAGCAUUCCUGAUACCCCGCUCAUUGCCUACCCAAGAUCCGACCAAGGAUCCGCAGAUUGGGGAGACUACACCGCCAAAGAUCUCGACACUUUCACCGAUGAAGCCGCCAAAGAGCUGGCAGGUUUGGGCCUGCGUCCUACGGAGCGCAAAAGGAACACAGCCGAGGUAGUCGCCCUGCUGGGACCCUCAAAUCUGGACUACAUUGUUUCCAUCCUAGCCUUGUCACGCAUGGGGUUUUCUGUUCUGUUCCUCUCCAACCGCCUUCCAACAGAAGCCUAUGUCUCUCUGCUUGAGAAGACCAAGUGCACGCGCGUCCUUUCCAUAUCAAAGUUCGAUACGACAAUAGCCAACAUUCAGGCUGUCUACCCGCUCCAAGCCUUUCCUCUUCUGAACAGUUCAGUUUACACCCGAAAGUCCCUCUAUCCAAUUCGUUUCCAGCGAGAAACCGAACUCGUCAACGAAGAAGACUGCAUUGCUUUUAUUGUGCACUCCUCUGGCAGCACUGGCCUGCCGAAGCCUAUUUUCCAGACGCACAGGGCUUGCCUCAGCAAUUAUGCCACCGGAAGUGGAAUGCGAGCUUUUGUCACGUUGCCGCUCUUCCACAACCAUGGUCUCUCUACCAUGUUUCGAGGCAUGGUCACCGGAAAACGCACAGCCAUUUACAACGCCAACCUUCCCCUGACCAACGGCCAUCUUGUCGAGGCCAUGCGCACAGCCGAUUUUGAGAGCUUUCACUGUGUUCCCUAUGCCUUGAAGGUCCUUGCGGAGUCAACCACUGGAGUCGACGAGCUUCGCAAGGCCAAGUUGGUGCUUUUUGGUGGGAGCAGCUGCCCGGAUGAUCUGGGCGACAUGCUGGCUCAGGAAGGAGUCAACAUUGUUUCUCACUACGGAGCCACCGAAAUGGGUCAGCUCAUGACGUCUCAACGCGACCAUGUACAGGAUAAAGCCUGGAACUUCGUUAGGCCUCUUGUCAAAACAAAGCCUUUUCUCAAGUUUGACCAGAUUAGCGAAGGCAUCUACGAGCUGAUCGUUCUUGACGGACUUCCCUCCAAGGUCAUGUCCAACAACGACGAUCCACCCAAGUCUUUCAGAACCCGUGAUACGUUUGUUCCGCACCCGACACUCCCUGACGCCUGGAAGUACCUCGGUCGUCUGGAUGACCGCGUGACGCUCAUGAACGGCGAGAAGGUCCUACCUGUACCUUACGAGCACCGCGUGCGCCAGAACGAGUUGGUCCAGGACUGUCUGGUCUUUGGUGUUGACCGUGCCUUCCCUGGUCUGCUAGUCAUCCCGAGCGAGCACGCUGUCGACAUCACUCCGGCCGACCUCCUCGAGAAGCUCUGGUCCGAUAUUCAGGACGCCAACGCGCGUGCUGAACAAUUUGGCCGUGUGUCCCGCGAGAUGGUGGAAAUCCUCCCGCAAGGCACAGAGUAUCCUCGCACCGACAAGGGUACCGUCAUCCGCGCCGCAAGCUACAACCACUUCGCCACGAUCAUUGACGACGUCUAUAAGAGGUUCGAAUCUCCUGGCAACGCUGAGCGCUUGGCGCUCGAAAUCCCCGAGCUUCAGGAAUACCUCACGAAACUCAUGUCUGAGCGUGUCGGAGUCGAGGGACUCUCGGUAGAUACCGACUUCUUUGCUGCAGGUAUGGACUCUCUGCAGGCCAUCACGGCUCGCGCGCACAUUAUGCGUGAGCUGGACCUAGCAGACCAUGUCUUGGGCCAGAACGUUGCUUUUGAGCACCCAAGCAUCACUCAGCUGGCGGCGUACCUGGACUCGAUCCGAAAGGGCUCAACACUCCAGGCCUUGACCGAGGAGGAGGUCAUGCAAGAGCUCGUCGCCAAAUACUCGACCUUUACCCCCUUCACCCCUGGGAACCAGGUUCCCGAUGGCGAGGUAGUUGUUCUUACCGGUGCCACCGGUUCCCUUGGAGCCCACGUUCUGUCGCAGCUUCUGUCGCUCCCACACAUUCGCCAUGUCUACUGCCUUGUCCGCGCCUCGUCGCCCCAGGCGGCUCAUGAGCGUGUACUUGAAUCGCUCGCGAUACGUGGUCUAUCUCCUCAUCACAGCUCGGCUCACGAGCGCAUCCUGUCAUCUUUGGUCGAAUCUGGGCUGUCUCCCCACCACACUUCGGCCAAAUUCACGGCUCUACCUUCGGACCUGAGCCGUGCUGAUCUGGGUCUCGGUACCGCUGCGUUUGAGGCGCUGAGCACAUCCGUGACCUCAGUCAUUCACUCGGCCUGGGCCGUCAACUUUACCCUGUCUGUCCGCAGUUUCGAGGCCCAACACAUCGCCGGUCUCCGUCACCUCCUUGAUCUUUGUCUGUCUGUCCCAUUCGCCCGUCCCGCCCGUCUGGCAUUCAUUUCCUCAGUCUCUGCAGCCGCCGGCACGCCCUCGCCGGCUCGCGUUGCUGAGACACUGGUCAAGGAUCCCGCGCACGCUCAGAACAUGGGCUAUGCGCGCAGCAAGUGGGUUGCUGAGCACAUUGUCAAGGCCGCCGCCUUUUCAACUGGCAUGGAAGCACGAGUCCUGCGCUCCGGCCAAAUCGUGGGUGACUCGGUCCAGGGCAAGUGGAAUGCUACCGAGGCCAUUCCCCUCAUGUUCCGCGCUGCUGUCACCAUUGGCGCGUUGCCGGCGCUCGACGAGACCCCCUCGUGGCUGCCCGUUGACCUCUCAGCACGGGCGGUGCUGGAACUCAUAGAGCUUGCCGAGCCGGGAUCCAAGACGGACGGGUACUUUGAGCUCAGGGACGGCCCCGACGUGAUUUACCACGUGCAGAACCCGACGACGACUCGCUGGACCGAAGAUGUGCUGCCUGCGCUUGCCAGGGCAGGCCUGACCUUUGAGACGGUCGGUCAGCGGGAGUGGGUGCAGAGGCUGCGCGACGGAGACCAGGACCCCACGACCAAUCCGACAGUCAAGCUUCUGGACUUCUUCGCUGAGAAGUAUGAUAAUGACAAGCCCGGGCGCAGUGGUCUGGUGUUCGAGACGGGCCAAACCGAACGCAGAAGCAAGGCUAUUGGAGCAGGAUACGACGUUGUCACCAGUGGCCUACUGACAAAGUGUGUUGAGAGCUGGAAAAAGGACUGGGCUCAAUGA